AUGCUUCGCCGUGUAUUCAGAAAUGAUGUGCUAUCGAGAUUGGAGCGACCGUUGCCGGUCCUAUAUGUGCCGCAUCGCAGAAAAUCAAAAGGCUUGAAGUUAGAAGACAAAGUAGUGGUAAUCACAGGGGCUGGCGUCGGAAUCGGUGCAGCUACCGCCAUCGCAUAUUCUCAUGAAGGCUCCAAAAUAGUUCUAGCCGAUUUAAAAGAAAAAGAAGAAGAUCUUAAAAAGAUACAAGGGAUUUGCGAAGACAACUGCGCCAAAACGCUGGUUGUUAAAACGGACGUGUCCAAUGAAGACAAUUUAUGUUGCUUGGUAGAGAAGACUAUCGACAAGUUCGGCAGAAUAGAUGUCCUUGUCAACAAUGCCGGUAUACUAACAUUUGGCUCUCUGAUCAAGGGAGAUCUAAUGCCACAGUACGACAGAGUGUUAGCUAUUAAUCUACGAGCCUGCGUCAUGCUUACUAUGCUGUAUGCGAAACACCUGGUGAAAUCAAAGGGCAAUGUGAUCAACAUAUCCAGUAUUCUAGGCAAGACGUACGCAGGCAACUCAAAGUAUAUGCCGUAUUGUAUAGCUAAGGCCGGUCUCGACCACUUCAUGUUCGGCGCUGCUUUAGAAUUCGCACCUCAUGGCGUGAGAGUGAACAAUGUCUGCCCGGGACCAACGAAAACAGAAAUCUUCGAAAAAGCUGGUGUGAAAGGAGAUUGGAAAGCGAUAGCUAAUUCUUUCAAACUUGGACAAAUGUCAGAGCCUUCGGAAGUCGCAGAUCUGAUUGUGUAUUUGUCGAGUUACAAAGCGAGAAGUAUAACAGGCAUCAGGGUAUAUAUAGAUAGAGGCCAUUUACUUAUGGGUUGA